CCGUUGGCACAGGAAAGAUUGAAAGUGACACAGUCUGAUUAAAAACCGCUCAUUUGCGCCGAUCAAUCCAGCUAAUACUGAAACCCAGACACCGGCGUCCGCUUUUCGCAUCAGGUUUGGGCUUUGUUGUCUCCUGUGUUGUUGGUUUUAUUUCGUGCCGAGCGUCUUUCCGACUAUGCCGGGUUAUUUUUGCGCUUUUCAUUCUUCCGAGGAUGAAGCCAUAUGUUUAGGGGAAGACAGACUUUGAGCGAACAGGCGAGAAAAACGUAAAAGGAAGGCAAAAAAAAAAAAAAAAAGAGGCAAAAUUGUGAGUAAAAAGUCAAGUUUGUGUGCGCGCUCCGGUUCUAGGUUCCAGUGACAGAGGGGUCCCACCGGCUGUUGGACAAACCACUACUGAGUGGACAGUCUCUCUCUCAUCCUCCCUCCCUCUCACCCACUCUCUCUCUCUCUCUCUUACUCUCUCCCACUCUCUCCUUCCACUACUUCCCCACAGACGCGCAUCGUACGUCCACCUCUGCUGUCCGUCCACCUCUCCACUCCACUCCACUCAGUCCGCUGCUUUGCGCGCUGUCGGCGUCCCCCUCCCCUCCCCAAGUGCCACUAACUUUUUUUCUCGGUGGAUCCCCGGUCCGGUUCGAGUCCAGGUUCGGUACCAGCGUGAUCAGUGUGUGUCCAGGAGCCGAACCGAAGCCCAGCCCUGGAUUCAAUACUCCUGAUCAAUGGACAGAGCCUCCUCAGCGGCCAGCAGCGCUACAGACACGCCGUAAACAACUCGUUCACUCUGCCUGGAGCUCCUCUGGGGGUCUGGAGGAGGAUGGACCGAGGAGGAGAGAGUCCCAUCACGCAGGACAGUCCUGAGCGGCCGGGAAGCAGCCCAGAUCUCAGCUGCCUCCCGCCACCAGGGAAGAAGGGCCGCUUAGAGCUCAACGGCAGCCCCACAGGACCCCGUAUACGCCACAACGGAGCCCCACAGAGACCCCUGGGAGGUCUGAUGAUUCCAGUCUUCUGUGUGGUGGAGCAGGCAGAUGGAGGGAUUCAGACAGACGGAUGUGAAGGCAGAGACGAGCACGCAGAGUUUGUCCUGGUCAGAAAAGAUAUCCUGUUCUCUCAGCUGGUGGAGACAGCUCUGUUAGCGCUCGGCUACUCCCACAGCUCAGCGGCACAAGCCCACGGCAUCAUCAAAGUGGGAAGGUGGAACCCACUGCCCAUCCACUUCCUCACGGACGCUCCAGAAGCUACCGUGGCCGACAUGUUGAUGGAAGUCUACCACAUGGUCACCCUACGCAUCCAGUUACAAAGUUUUUCAAAGCUGGAGGACCUGCCUUGUGAACAGUGGAACCAUGCGACUGUCAGGAAUGCACUCAAAGAGCUUCUGAAGGAAAUGAACCAAAGCACUCUGGCCAAAGAGUGUCCUCUGUCACAGAGUAUGAUUUCCUCCAUAGUGAAUAGUUCCUAUUAUGCCAAUGUCUCUGUUGCCAAAUGCCAGGAGUUUGGCCGCUGGUACAAGAAAUAUAAAAAAAUGAAAGUAGAUUACCUGGAGAAGAUGUGGUCAGGGCGAGAUGCUGCUGACAUCAAAAUAGAGAGAGACAACAUUGCAGACUUCUGUGUCCUGGGCCAGCGACCCCCUCCUCAUUUAGCCGGCCUGGCCCAGCUCGGUCACCUGGGACCUGGCAGUCCCCUCCUCAAGGCAGGAUCUGGAGAUCCGCAGACACCUACUCAGCCCCCUCAGCAGCCCCCUCCACCCCAGCAGCAGCCCUCCCCACAUGGUCCCCUCCACCACAGCACUCCUCUGCGCACAGGCCAGGUGCCUCCUCCACCUCCACCCCCACCUGCUGCCCUACAGCCCCUGCUGGGGCCAGGUGGGAUUCUCUCCCCUCAGCUCUCCCCUCAGCUGGUACGUCAGCAGCUCGCCAUGGCACACCUCAUCAACCAGCAGCUAGCUGUUAGCCGUCUUCUAGCCCAUCAGCACCCCCAGGCCAUCAACCAGCAGUUCCUAAACCACCCACCCAUCCCUCGGGGCUCAUCCAAAGUUGGUGGUGAUCACCCAGGGAGCAACCCCUCAGCUGCAGAGGUGUCCUCUGACAUCUACCAGCAGGUCAGAGAUGAGCUGAAGAGAGCCAGUGUGUCCCAGGCUGUGUUCGCCAGGGUGGCCUUCAACCGCACACAGGGUCUGCUGUCAGAGAUCCUGAGGAAAGAAGAGGACCCUCGAACAGCCUCACAGUCCCUGCUUGUGAAUCUGAAAGCAAUGCAGAACUUCCUCAACCUGCCUGAGAGCGAAAGAGACCGAAUCUACCAGGAGGAGAGAGAACGCACAAUAAACCCUUCUGUAGGCCUCCCUGCCUCCAACUCCUCUAGCCCUGCUGCUCCCCGCCUGUCACAGAAAGUGUGGGAGAGGAACUUGGAUGACCAGAUAACCUCUGAUACCUGGGCCUCCAUUUGGAAGAACAAGACUAAGAUCUCCAACUCACCAAAGCAGUCUGGCCUGGCCCCUGACCUCCCUAUAAAACUGGAGUCACUGGUUAACAUUACAUCAGGCAUCUAUGAUGAAAUUCAGCAGGAGAUGAAGAGAGCCAAAGUGUCCCAAGCUCUGUUUGCAAAAGUGGCUGCCAACAAGAGCCAGGGUUGGCUGUGCGAGCUACUUCGGUGGAAGGAAAACCCCAGCCCAGAGAACCGCACACUGUGGGAGAAUCUGUGCACCAUCCGGAGGUUUCUGACGCUGCCGCAGCCUGACAGGGACCUGGCGUACGAGGAGGAGUCCAGACACCAGCACACGGAGCGGCUGCACACUGUUCUCCAUCUGCCACAGGAUCCACAGCUCUUCUGUCUUUCUCGUCAGGCCCUUCACAGGCCACCCCCUGCCCCAGUAAAGGAGCACCGCCUGUCACCGAUGCGUGAGGAGCCUUUACCUGUCCCAGCCAAUGAAGCGGGGUCACAGACUGUAGGAACGGGUCCAGCUGGAUGUCCACCUGGCUCAGUUGGCGGUAGUGGAAGUAGUAAGAAGCCAAGAUCACGCACCAAGAUUUCCCUGGAGGCCUUAGGUAUCCUGCAAAGCUUUAUCCAGGACGUUGGCCUGUACCCAGACCAGGAGGCUAUCCACACCUUGUCAGCACAGCUUGACCUCCCCAAGCACACAAUCAUCAAAUUCUUCCAGAACCAGCGGUACCAUGUCAAGCAUCACGGCCGCCUCAAAGAGCUGGGUGAGGGGGCUGCUGCCAGCGGAGGUGUGGAUGUCAGUGAGUAUCGGGAAGAGGAGUUACUUUCCGGUUCUGAGGACCCAGAGUCCAGUGAAGAUGGAGCUGAGGAGAUCUACCAAUCCACAGAGGGAAGCGGUGGAAGCUCAGGGGGGUUGAACCAGCCUCCUGCCUCCGCCAGCUCCAACUCCAGCCAGUCGUCCUCAGGGUGCAGCGUGGCUCAGGAGGAGGGCAAGGACAAGGGGCACAUUCGACCUGGUGGCUCCCUGUCCCCUGGGAGCUCCUCAUCCAGUCCUAGAGAGCAGGCUGACUCAGAGUCCUGCAUGGGUCCAAUUUUGCAAACCUCUACCCGCCCACACCCACAAAGCGCAGUAUCGGAACAGACCCGUUACCCGCAAUUAUCUCCAUGUCAAAUCCGGACCCGCCCGGACCCAUUAAACACAUAGACUACACAGCCACUCACUCUCAAGUGCUUCAUUUUUUUGUGCCGUCCUAAUCAUAAAUCGUAAUUAACCAUAUUUGGCAGAUUCAAUCACUAUGUUUCUACUCACUAUGCUGACAGUUAAUUGCCCAUAAGGUUACUGUGCUGAAAAAGAGUAUUAUCCACAGUCCCUGGUUCUGCUGUUCUUGAGUCACAAAUCCAGAUGAGUAAAAGUCUCUUUCACUGGCUGCCUUUGGAUGCUGAGCACAUUUUUGAGCAAUCAGUACCAGGUUAGGAAACAUUUUAGCAUGCUUCUUCCACCAACACAAAACCUCAAAAGGAUCCUCCUUGGGUGUCUUGACUCUGUAUGCACAGGCUCAGUGUAUAUCACAGGGACUUCUGCAUGUGUUGGCUCUUAAGUCUCAUAAAAUGAAACUUAAGAUAAGGUGAGCGCCCAAAAAAGCAAACAAACGAGAAAAUAAAGUUGUAGAUUUCGUGUUCAAACACUCAUAUAGUGCACUCCAGUACAGAUAUCACUUAAUUUAAACCUACAACUUUUGUGGUGGUUUAUUGGUCAGGAGUUUUGUCUGACUCCAAGACAUUGGUAGAAUCCUAAAAUUUUGCUCUCACCUGCUACCUUUCCACAAUGAGCUCACUUUACCUGUGCCUGUGAACCCAUAUGAAUGCAUACUUCAGCCCUUACACAGUACACGCAGUGCAGAACAUAGUGCAGGAAUUUAGGUUGACUUCCAGAUGUAGAGACUUUCCAGAGAGGAAAAGACACAGGAAAAGAGAGAGGGGCAUAAAACUAGGAAUUAUUAAUGGACUUACAAUGGGAGUAUGGCUGCAUAGAACCUAUGUGAGAUGUAUAUCUAUGUUGGCACAAUUUCACUAACAAACAAUCAGUCUUGAAUACUGUACAUGAUUCGACACUACAGUGACAAUCUCAGACAGAUAUCUAUAAAAACCUGAUACGUGGAGUGACAGCUGUAAAAUUACCUCAGCAAAGAACAGCGGGUUUGCAGUGUGCUAUGACACAGCAGUUGUUGUGUAACUGUGAAAGAAAAGCUUUUCCAAAUACGUUUUAAAUGAUUUACUCACAGACUCUGAUUAGGAGGUGGAAGUGUUGCUGCUCAUGCAUCCAACCUACAAAUGGACAAAAAAAACAAAAAAACACAACCAUUACUAGCAAUGAUCUAACUGAUCAGUCAGCUCUCUUCUCUACAAAAGGCACUCCAAGAGGGCAGUGUUUUGUCUGCUUUGGCGUAGAAUACUUCUCUCUAAAGUCUGAGCACAGUCACGUUGGACAAACUCUAUGCUGAGUCAAGUUGGAUUCAGCGGGGUCACAUUUUAUGACCGGAUCCUGGGCUCUUCGAUGCCCUCAACAAUCAUAUAGAUCCUCAGGAGACUCAUUAUUAAUGCUAUUGCCUGCCUGAGAACCUAUAUAGAUGGUGGUCGACGUCGAUCUACUAACUUAAUUUCAAUAUGUGGGGGAAGGACGCGCUGUUGGAACUAACCCCACAACCCACCAUAGUCUUACCAUCUCACUCCAGAAUCACUACCAGUCCUAUCUAGCACUUACUGUUCACAAAAAAAAAAAAAAAAAAACACUGAUAUUUUGUGGACUUGACUUUUGCCUCUCUCCCUCCAUCUCCUCCGUAAAGGCUCACAGAACUGUGAGGUUAAAAUAUGAGUCAAGUGAGUGGACAGUUUGGCACAAGGACAGUGGACUGACAUCAAGAGUCCCUCAGAGGAUGUGGUAUGGAGGGACACUCGGGCCUGUGUACCCAGGGCUCUGAACCCUUCCUGGAACCACCGGCGUAUGUGUGGCAAGAAAAAUGUCAAGAAAGGAAGGACAGAGUGGAGAUUCAGGAACCAAACAAUCAGUCACUUUAUGUGCGGUAGUCCACCCCUUCCAAUCUCUUCUCUCCAUCUCACUCUCUCCCCCUUUUUCUCUCUCUAAUUGGUGCCCACAGUCUUGUGUUUCACCACACCUACCCGCACUUAAACUUCACCAACCCUAUUUAUUGCUAUCUUUAUCCAUGAUUAUUAUUAUCAUUAUUGUUAUUAUUGUUGUUAUUAUGGUUAGAAUUGCUGUCAUUGCGUGCUAUUUUUAGUUUUUAUUUCCAUGGUUUUAAAUAUUGGUUUGCAGAACAGGGCGGUUGUUUGGGCAACAAGAGACAUUAAGACACUCUGCCCUAAAAGAAGAGGAAGAAAAGGAGCAGAGUGAAUAAAAAUGAAAAGAAGCAGUUACUGAGUGUUAUUAGGUAAAAGAAAAUCUUGUCCUGUUAUAUUAUGCCAUUUUUAUAGUUCUGGUUUCCAAAAAUAGUAAAUAAGACUUUGUGAAAAGAGAAAGAGUUAAAUACGAAAAAGCAAAAACUGUGCUUUUUUGCUGCAGUUGACGACAAUCUACUUUUUUGAGCCAUUAAAGAAAAGUGGCAGGUUUGACUUUGUUUUUCAAAUGUCUGUAAAUACCCAACAUGGGAUAAAUUGUUAUAGAUAUUCUUUUAUUUUUUAUUUUGCUGAGUGACUUUUACGUGUUUGAGCCAGUUUCGCGUGCCAGAUGAGUGCUGUUUUUUUUUUUUUUGUUUUUUUCUUUCUUCUUUUGUUGGACAACUCAGUGAAAUCGGUUCAUUUCAUUGUGUCAGGCCAAUCAGUUCAUUCACAAGUAUUUAAAAAGAAAUCAAAACUGCUUUUGUUUGCUGUCUGGUGCAGUUGUGUAUAAAUAUAUGUAUAAAACAAUAUCUGACAUUGGAUAGUCUUUUGUUUUACUAUCCUGAUCGGCUGCUACACUCAAACAGAAGACCUGCCUUUUAAUAAUUACAUCAAAUCCAAUCACUCCAUAUGAUGUUAUUGUGCUUUUCUGUAUGACAGGAAUCAGGGUUAGACUUAAAUGCAGUUCCAAUGAAAUCUGGAUUUAUUCAGUGUUGAAGUGAAUUAAAAUUUGUGAAUUCA